ACUAUUGUCGAAUAAAUCGGAAAAGUACACACUGAAAUUACAACUGUAGAUAAGGAGGGAUUCUAGAACUACCAUAUCGAUUGCCUAAAAUCUCGAGUAUUCUCUGUUUCUCUAGUCAUCGGUUCAGAUCGUUGGAUGCGAAUUCUUAUACGGUGACUGUCUAUUUCAUAUUUUGUCUAUGAUGAUAUUUUGAGACGUGGAUAUGUUGUACUUGUCAAACGGGCAGUAAAAAGUGAAAAUAAAUAUGGAUGGAAAUCAAACAAACGUCAACGAUCCUCAGUUUAUUUCGUUCCAAGAUUUUCCUUCGAUAAAUCAUGGAGGGAAUAUUGGGCAAGCACAAUUAAAUAUUAAUGCUUCCACUCAUCAAGGUUUUAGUAACCUACCAAAUGACGCUACUGGAAUCGGCAUUAUCGAGGACUUUGAAGGAAUGCCCGAUAAAACUGAAGCUACAUCAGCACCCAACUUUUGGACCAUAGAAUAUUAUCAAAGAUUUUUCAAUGUCAAUACAAAGGAUGUAGGGGAAAGAAUUAAAAGGUCUAUGUUUCCUUGUAGAAGCGAUUACUUAUUGAUAUCGCAUAUCAGACCAAAUCCAGAUUUGUAUGGUCCAUUUUGGAUCUGUGUCACGCUGGUGCUUUCUAUAGCUGUAAGCGGAAAUGUAGCUACUUACUUGCAAACAACUACUUCAAAUAAAUAUCUUUGGAGGUCUGAGUUUCACACUGUACCCAGGGUUGCAACUUGCAUAUUUUUAUAUGCAUGGUUGCUUCCAUUCACAUUAUGGGGUGCACUGAAAUGGACCAAUAGUUCAAGCGAUACAGAAGAAGAAUUAAGCGAGUCACAUUCCACACCUAGCCUGUUGGAGCUAUUAUGUCUUUAUGGGUAUUCUUUAGCCAUCUAUGUUCCAAUAGCUUUUCUAUGGAUAAUACAAAUUGACUGGCUUCAGUGGAGUUUAGUUGUGAUAGCAACUGUAUUAUCUGGUGGAGUAUUAUUAAGAUCUUUGUUACCUAUAAUAAAAGGGAGGUACAGAUUAAUAUAUAUCGCCAUAAUUCUUGGAAUGCACCUCUUAAUAGCAGGGUUUAUGCUAUAUCUGUUUCAUGUGCCGACAAAUAAAGAUACUGUUAAACCAGAGAACUUGGUGACAGUGACUAUGAAAGCCAAGACUGUUGAGACUGGAACUACUGUACGUGGUAUCUGAUUUAUAUGACACUUUAUAUGGUACAUGGUAUUUAAGAGAAUCGAGUAGUACGAAUCGCACAUGUCCGCUGAUUAAUUCCGUCUUCGUGCAAAUAGAAGUAGCAUUUAUACCAUACCUGUGAACGAAAAAAGAAAAAUAAAUAAUAACUGAAAUUUGUGGAAACUUGA